AUGAACCCGCAAACCCUCAUCUCAGUCGGCUUCGCAAUCGCAGCCGUCUUCCUCUUCUGGACCCUCUCCUCCACCACGACGUCGCCGUUCGCCCGCGCAUUCCCGCGAAUCUCCAACAAGCGAAUAUGUCUCCUUAUUGCGCACCCGGACGACGAGGCGAUGUUUUUCGCGCCAACGCUCCUUGCGCUUACAAAGCCAGAGCUUGGGAAUCAUGUUAAGAUUCUGUGUCUAAGUAGCGGUGACGCCGACGGCCUCGGCCACAUCCGCAAAAACGAACUUACAAAGUCCGCACUACGCCUUGGGAUCCGCGCGCCCUCCGACGUGCUUGUCCUCGACGAAGACCGGUUCCGCGACAGCAUCACAACAGAGUGGGCGAGGAGCGACGUCGCGGCGCUCCUAGCCUCGACCUUCGCACCGGACUCCAAGACCAAUACCACCAGCACGAAGCGAAACAAAGCAAGCAGCACUACUGGUCCCUCCGCAACAAUCGAUAUCCUCCUCACCUUCGACGCCUCGGGAGUAAGCAACCACCCGAACCACCGCUCCCUCUACCACGGCGCUCUCCACUUCCUGCAUAACCUCACAAAGGCACACCCCGGGUACGCAUCGCCCGUCGCCCUCUACACGCUUACGACCACGAAUCUGCUGCGGAAGUACAUGGGGAUCCUGGAUGCGCCGGUGACGAUGGUAUCGGGGGUGUUUGAGGGGUUGUUUUCGACAUCCAAAGGGAAGAAGGCUGGGGCUGGGGCCGGGAAGGAUGGGUUUCCUGCGCGGUUGCUGUAUGUUAGCUCGGUGGGGGAGUGGAUGAUGGCGCAGGCGGCUAUGGUCAAGGCACAUCAGAGCCAGAUGGUGUGGUUUCGGUGGGGGUGGAUUUCGAUUGGUAGGUAUAUGGCUGUUAAUGAUUUGCGGAGGGAGGGGUGA